GGAGCCGUGCCAAUAUGUUUAUAUGUUUCCUACCAUUCUACACCUCUCCUGCAAUAAGCAAGCACCCGGCAAAGAGAAAGAUUCUUCCAUUAAUCCACAAGACAUCAAGUAGCUCAAGCCCAGAAGUUUCAAUUCUUUCCUAUUUCAACUGACAAACUCAUAAUCAUAAUGGCUGGAGCAGCAAAUAGAAGGAAUCCACAAAAGAUCUCCUUUUUUGAUUGGCUGAUCAAGGAGAUCAGCAGCAGAAAAUAUGAAGGGUUAUAUUGGGUGGAUGAGGCUCAUACAACCUUUUGCAUUCCCUGGAAACACCAUUCAAGAAAGGAUAUUGUAGCUGAUGAUUACAUGAUUUUCAAGGAAUGGGCUGUAGUCAGCAAAAAAUACAAUGAAGAUCUACCAGACCCAAGCAGAUGGAAAACCAACUUCCGUUGUGCUUUGACAAGCACAAAGAAAUUUGAAAAACUAGAGUCAAUUGAUCCUGAUUAUCGUGUGUAUAGAAUCAUCUCUCACAAUGCUGCACCUGUUGCCAACCUUCCUGCUGAUAGAAGGAAUGAUGGUGAUCAUGAGAAUGAUAUGUUACAUAUCAGCCCUUCCAGUGAAGGAGUACAAGGUUCCAACCAGACGACAUCUCCACUUCAGCAGGAGAUAAACAGUGCCUUUGAAAUGCUAUCACUGGAAAAUCCAGUCACAGGACAAAAUGUGAAUACAGAUGAAAACGUUUACCAAUGUAGCAGUGAUACGCUCCAGUGGGUUAUGCAGCAAGCCAACAUGAAUCUGGAUGAAAUUCAGACAGUCUCAUGGGCUCCUUCUAGUGAUCCUCCAAUAGUUGCUUAUCAACAAAACAAUACCUAUGCUGUCCCUCAUGUUGAUCAAAAUGGCUAUCACCUCCUAAGGAAUACAGCAGUGAAUGGGACAGUCGAAAAUGGGUAUUAUGAAGAGCCAUCCAGAUGGCUGCCUGAAAUCACAACAGAUGUGACGUGUCAUUCAGCUGCAAUGCUUGCAGUGCAGCAGGCUCAACAAAACUCCCCUGCCCCAAAUCAGCUUAAUCAUUUGGUUGAUGCCCUUGGUAAUGAGAGCUGCUUCAUUGAUAAUAUGUUCAUGGCUGAAGAACCUCUUGGAAAUGGAGUGAUGAUGUGCAAUGCAGCAAGCCAGCACCCCAUCCUGGAGCAGAACCCAUGUCCAUUACCCAUUGCAUCCCCAGUUGAACAGACUCCUGCCCAGACUGCUCCGUUGCAGAAUGACUCAGGAACACUUCCUUUGAACCUGGGUGUCUCCAUCUUUUACAGGGGGAGUUUGUUCGAUGAAUUAAGAGUUGUAGCGUGUAGCUGUUUGUUUACCUAUAAAAACAACCACACUGCCCAAGUACUAGGCAACCCACAGAUAAUACAAUUUCCAAAUCCAAAGAUGCUUCCAGAUCAUAAGCAAGUUAGGUACACUUUGUCUGCACUUCAGAAGGCGGGUUUGCUGCUUUAUCAGAAGAAUGGCAAGCUCUGGGCCAAGCGCCUUGGUCCAUGCAAUGUCUUUUGGGCCUUGUCCAAGCAGCUGGAGAACAUAGCUCAGCACCCAGAACACAGACUGUUGCAACGGGAGGUAGACACAGAGAUCUUCAACUUUGAAUCAUAUAUCGAAGGACUUCGGCAGUUUUGUGAGGGUCAAAGAAGUUCAUCUCCUGAUUAUACCAUCUACUUGUGCUUUGGGCAGCGUUUUUCUGCAGCCAAACCUAAGGAAUCUAAACUAAUUUUGGUGAAGUUGGUACCGGAGUUUUGUAAACAUUGCCACGAACAUGUUCUGAGGGAAGGCUUCUCAUCCUUGAACAGCGAAAUUGAGAGCUUGCAGUUCUCCAACAGCCUCUUUGAUAUGAUGGAAUAUCUAGCUGGUUUCUGUAGGCCAGCCGACGAGGAACAUUGAAUGCUCUAUUUCUGGGCAGACAUUUCUCCAACACAAGAAAAUAUAAUUGUAAAAGCUCUUGUUUUUAGAUCUGGAAUUAUGUCAGACUCCACAUCAUGCAUGAACAGGACUACAACUUAGUGGGAACUUCCUGUUGUUAAACUACAGAGAUGCAGGUGAGAAAUAGCUUCACCAAGUCUUCCCAGAAGACUUCUCAACACUUGCCCUAUUAUGCGGUACCACAUUAUAAAUUUCUCCUUGCCAUUGGCAGCCAGUGAUGUGGUUUGGAGCUGAAGAAACCUCAGUCCUUAGGCAGUCGAAUACAGGGAAGGGCACUUCUAAGUACUGAGGCCUAAGCCAUUAAAGCCUUGAAUCACAUCAAGGCAGUGAAAUAGUCUAAACAGCACUAUAAAAAGCAUAUUAAGCAACUGUUGCUAAACUGGUUUAGCUGGUUAGAUUGUUUGAUAUGUUUUGUUUUAAAUUAAUGUAUUUGUUUUAAACUGUUUAAAUUGAUUUUAUUUGUACAUCACCUUGAAAUCACAUGAUACAGGGUGGGAUAUAAAUAUAUUUUAAUAGUAAUAAACAACUCCCAUCAGUCACCAUGGCCAAUGGUCAAGGAUGCUGGGAGUUCGGAAUAUGUGAAAGAACACCACAUUGGGGGGUGGGGAUAGGACAUGGUUUUUUAGCCAUUACAAUGCAGAAUUGGGCUUACUAAUUCUGUGCUUUUCCAGAUCUCUAGAAUAUGUAUUAUGCAUAUUCUAGUCUGAAAGUGAGUUCAUAUCCCCCCUCCUUGUGCAAGCGACUCUGCCUUUUCAGGUUUUUCUGGGACAGAUUUGUGGUCAGCUUCACAGAUGGCAACACUGCAGUUGCUUCUAUUGUCUUAUUUUUCGAAAGUCUCAUUGUCUGAGUAUGGCGUAUGCAAAGAUCGCAUUGCAGGAUUAGGCCGUGUGAUCUUUGUGGUGUUUUUCAGCUCUGUGAUUGUAAGAUGAGCUAUUUGGGGUUGGAACCAGGAUCUGACUUCCCUGGGCUCACCUCGACUCAGUCCUUAUCACUUAGUUCUCCUAUCUUCUUUAUGUCAUUUUCAGAGGUUGAGGUGGGGUGGACUGUGAAAUGGAGAACUCUGCUUCUUUGCACAUAGCUAAUUCGGGGGGGGGGGG